AUCCAAGAGCGCCAGUGCUCCAAUGGAGACGAGGUCGAGUGCAAGAAAACGUUCAGGCACAAGCUCUACAAGCGAACAAAAAAGUAAACGAAAAAAGUUAUCAUCGAUGUCAGAGCAAGAGAAAAAUGAUUUAGAGAAAUUUCUUCUCACCAUUGGUACUAAGAUAGGUAAAGAUUACUUUGCUCUUGGUACUCAUCUUAACCUCAGGACAAGUGUAAUUGAAAACAUCAAAAGUAGCUCACCCCAUGAUGCCGAACGAUGGGGAUGUGAGAUAAUAACAAAAUGGAAACAAAAACAACCAAACAGAUUGCCAUUGCUAGCUAAAGCUCUCAGAGAGAUAGACAGAGUUGAUCUUGCAGAAGAGGUGGAUAAAUAUGUUAAAAGCCAUCCCUUUUUCCAGUCAGAAGAUAAUGUUGGGCUAUCUGAACAAACUGAGGGUGAAGAAUUUCAAAUAAAACAUCAAAAGAGGUCCGAUAUCAAACAUAACGAACAAUGUGGUCGAUAUGAUCGAAACGGCUGAUUUCGAAAUAUUAUUGCAGCGCAUGGAGAAGCACAAAUUUGCAAUCAUAACAGGUAUGUCUGGCAUUGGUAAAACGGAGAUGGCAAAGUUGUAUUGGCAUUUGAAGAAGGAUGGUUAUAAUGUUGGAUGGAAUAUAAAAAGUAACACUGACCGGGACUUAAAAAUCGCAGCUACUGGUUUUAUCGAAAAAUUAGACUCGAUGGAAAUCAAGGUUGGUAAUUCACAAGAUGGUUCUCUAUCAAACCUCUUACAAAAUAUACGUUCAGAAAUAAGUAAAGAAUGUCGAGAUAGGAAACGAUGGAACUAUCUGUUGAUAUUCGAUGAUGCCGGAGCUGAAACAAAAAGUGCUAUAGAAGAAAGUUUCAAUCCGUCGACCCCCGGGCCAUCGACAAGUAAUAUAUCCGUUAUUCUGACAACCCAGCAAAGUUUUAAUCAGUUGCAAAAUAAAACUGUAAAUCUAGGAGGAUUAUCUGAAAAGGAAGUCCUCAAAUUUUGGGGUAUUAUUGAGGAUGGUGAAAACGAAAAAAAUAUACUUGAGUUAUGGGAAGAAAUGAGUCAUCUCCCAAGUGCUCUCAAAUGCGCUAAACAUUACAUUAAAAGCAAGAAACGCUCCAUUGAGGUUUAUCUUAAGGGGAUCAAAGAUAAAACACAGUACAAAGCUAUGGAAACGCGGGACGCCCAAAUUCUUGGUAUCAGUUAUGAUAAAACUCCAGUUUGCGCACACGUUGAGUAUGCUAAAGCAAUGAUAGAAGAAAUUUCGGAUAAACCUGUUCGCUUUGUUCUGAAAACGAUGGGUUUCCUUGAUUCAAAAGCUAUUCCAGAGUUUCUAUUGAGGGAAAUUCUGAGACAAACAUCGAAGAUCGCCAAAACAUGCAAGACCUUAAUGAUGAAAGAAUUGGUUUUUAUAUAGACGACCUCUUGUCGAAAAUGCAAAUGAGGUCAUACGUGACCAUAUCGAACCCCAACCCACGAGAUGAUGAUCGUAUUGUUGAUACACACAACAUGGCCCAACUUGGUAUACGCCAUGCAGUUGACGAAAACGACAAACAGCCCGUUCUAGAAAUGCUAAUGAGGGUUCUACUUCGUUACUUCGCUAAGGAUACCAGAUACCUCACGUUUUUUAGAAGGAACACACGUCUCAUUCCCCAUGUGAAUAUGGUAUUGAAGCAUGUAGAACCUAUCCCAUUCAAGGGCAAUACGUUCAAGAUGCAAGCAAUGGCUAUUGCUAUGUAUGACACACUAGGUUAUUGCUACACCCAAGACAACUUCUUCAUAGAUGCAGAAGAGAAGCUUCGUGAAAGCGUGGAGAUGAUCUACAAGACUCUCAAUUUUUCAAGUGAAAAAGAAUUCAAUCAGGAAAUAUUAGUAGAUGAUGAGGUUAGAGGGGCCGAUGGGAAAGAAGAUGUCAAGAAAGUUGCAAUGGCAAAGGCGAAGGACAUAUACAACAGUCUUCAGAAGCGUGGUCGCUAUUUAGUAGAGCAUCUCGUAAUCGACCGAGUUUUGAAUACAGCUGAUGUGGAAAUAAUGAGGUCUAAGGUAGGAGAAGGAGAGUUACCAGUGUUCCUUCCCCAGCGUGCUACUAAUAAGGAGAUAUACGAAAAGCUAGUAAAA